AGGCUGAUACGCCACCAUGAGGGAGUUGGGCGGCUCGGCGGUGCGAACCGGCUUGCUGGGCCUGGCGGUGGCGGCGGGGGCCGGGUAUUGCCUUUACCGAGCGACUUCGAGGCGAAGCGGCAAAGCCUCCGCCGGGACGAGGGACUUGGAAGCGCGGCCGGGCCCCCUUGGUGGGGGAGAAGCCUCGGACGGUCCCGGGUUUUCCAGCACGGACCAGGCCCCUUCUGGAGGCGUCCCGCAAGCAGACACGGAUCUUCCAAAAUCACCCCAUAGUCUUGAGAUGCAUCACAUUGAGAGUCUUCUUCAUAUUCUCGAGUCUACAGAGGAUCCUUUGGUUCAAGAACAGGUCUUGGUUACCCUAAGCAAUAGCGCUGCAUUCUCUGUAAAUCAGGAUAUCAUUCGAAAUUUAGGUGGCCUCUCUCUGAUUGGAAAAAUGCUUUCAGUUCCAGUCACCAAUGUUAAACAGAAAGCACUAAAUGCACUUAAUAACUUGAGUAUGAAUACUAAAAAUCAAGAAGAAGUAAAGAUAUAUAUUACCAAGGUGUGUGAGGAGAUUGAUGGAUCUUUCUUGAACUCUGAAUUGCAGUUAGCCGGCCUUCGAUUUUUAACUAAUAUCUCUGUUACUAAUGACUAUCAUUACAUGAUGACUAGCUUCAUACCAAAUUUUCUGCACUUGCUAUUUGAAGGAAAUGAAAGAACUCAGGUUCAAGUUCUAAAAGUACUUGUGAAUUUAUCAGCAAACCCAGCUAUGUCAGAACAUCUACUUCAUUCACAGGCACCUCUUCUAUCUCUGUUUGACAGCUGCAUAAACAAAGAUAUUUUGCUCAGAGUCCUUGCCUUUGCCACAAACUUGUCAAAGUCCAUGAAAAACGACAAGAGUACUACUAUCCACUAUCCAUACCCUGAAGACUCAGUUUUUUCUAUUCUCUCGGGCAAUUCUCUAUAUACUCAAAAACUGGCAUCUCUGUUACAUCAUCAUGACACAGAAGUUAAAGAACAAGUUGCAAAACUAAUAAUGCAGCAGUGCUGAAUUCAGAGGUCAGCCUCAGUCAUUCAGUCUUCAAAAUCCUGAACCACGUAAGGGAUAUAUAAAUGACGACCUCCAGCUACUUAUUGACCUGUGUAAAGUUUCCUCAUUUGUAACUGGGAGAACAGUAUCAGUCCUGGGCAUCCCCUUCUGCAUGUAUAGAACUGCCCCCAGCUCUGAAAGAUAGAAGGACUAUGGAGGAUCAGCACACUGAAGUACAGACCCUGAAAUAAUCUGGAACUUUAGAACAACCUUUGUUGACCCUCCAGGUGAGGUUGGGCUGUGAGUCCUACCUAUCCAAGCCAAUGUUUCUUAUCCUUGGCAGCUUGAAGGUGUGUGGACUCCAACUCCCAGAAUUCCCCAGCCAGCAAGAUGUUAGUGAUAAAUGUUUUUAGAGAAGUAUUUAAAAGCAAUUAGCUUGUGAGAGCAAUUAUCAUUAGCCAUAUUUUUUUUAAUUUUGUUAUUAAAUUUAUCUAUAAACGUA